CUUACCCGCCGCACAUCCUGAAUGCACCACCACCUCUUCACUCAACUACUGCCACAUCGCGCUCUUCACCUCCUCCUCACCUCCUCAAACUCCUCCCCGCCCACACAGAAUGCAAAACAUGUUGAAGAUGGAGGGCGGCGCUAUCCCGGCCGGCUCGUUCACCGUGUCCUCCUCCGGCGUCUCCUCGUUCAGCUCCUCCUCCUCCAGCUUCUCCUCUUCCUCCUCCUCCUCCGGCUUCUCCUCCUCCGCCUCGGGCUCCUCCAGCUCCGGGGCCGCGAGCUCCAGCUCGUCCGCCAUGGGGCUGGGCUCUAUGAGUCUGGAGCAGACGAUGAAGGUGCAGGGCACAGCGCAGCAACUCCUGGGCAAGAUCAAGGCGAGCGACAAUUAUACCAGCCUGGAGGUCGUGGGGUCGUUGCGGGAGCUGUCUACCUCCCUCACGCAGUGCAGCACGCUGGGUGGGCGAGUCCAGCUGGUGAACUCACUCACUGCACAGGGCUGGGCGGGGGUUCUGAUGAAGGUCCUCUCGGGCCUGGACGCCGAGGGGCUGGAGUUCGUGGGGGGCUCCACGCUGCGCCUCGUGCUGCACGCCUCACAGCUGAGCGCCGACUUCCGUGAGGCGCUGGGCCGCGCCGGCGGAGUGCAGAUCCUGCUGGGCAACCUCUCCGCAGUGAAGGACUCCAUCGAUGAUGAGACGGCGUUCGCUCAGCUGCUGAUCUCGCGGCUGGCGAUCAUGUCGCUGUGGCACGUGGCCACUGAGCGGCAGAACCGCGCAUUGCUGCGCACGGAGGAGGCGCGCGCAUCGCUGGGCGCGCUGCUCGCCCUAAAAAACGCGCACAUGCGCGUCGGGGCCACGCUCACCGCCUGCCUGGCGCUCAGCGAGAACACAGCCGAUGAGCACGCCGUCAAGUCGGGACACCUGGCCUCCACGGUGAGCUGGCUGCGUGCAGCGCUCAACACCGUCCUGCUGGAGUACGAGGGGCACAGCCUCCUGGAGAUCCUCACCACCCUCGCUCACCUCGCCCGCCUGAAUGCCUGCGCCACGCCGCUGUUGGAGGCGGGCGCGGUGCCGCUGGCGGUGCAGGUUCUGCGCCGUGGACGUGAGGAGGAGCGGCGCGCCGCCACCACCCUCGUGUGGCACCUCGCCUUCCACCCCGGCCUGCGCAACGCCAUGCGCAAUGAUGAGGAGCUGGCGAGGGAGCUGUCCGUGCUGCUGAGAGGAGGUUCGCCCUGGCUGGCGGGGGCCGCGCGCGGCAUCGGUCUCCUCCUCCUCACUGAGAAGUCUCCACGAUACGUGCUGUCUCGCGAGGGCACGCAGCCUGGUGGAGCUGGCCCUGGUGCAUUAUGGGUAGCGGAGUCAGGUCAGGAGGUGCGGCUUGGCAAAGCGUGGACCGAGUGGGAGACGUUCCCACACGUGUUCCCCGUGUACGCGGCUCGUGAGGGAGGGGUGGUGAUCAGCCACGACGGCGUCCACGUCGCCACGGCGACCGCCCUGCGCGACAAGCUGCAGACGCGCGGCGUGCGAGUGUGGAUGAACACGGAGCCCCUGAGUCCGCACUCCCUGGACCAGACGCUCGCAGCCAUUGAGGCGGCCGGCGUCGUCUUCGUGACGGCCACCAACGCCUACCAGGACAACCCACGGUGCCGUACUGAGUACUCGUUCGCGCGGAUGUUCGGCAAGGCGGUGGUGCCGCUGCAGGUGGAGCUGGGCAGCCCCGUGGACGGCUGGCUCUCUGCGCUGCGUGACUGGAAGCUGCUCGAUGGAGCGCCCACGCCCAGCCUGGUCGACGGAGAAGGGCACCCCAUGACCGCCCCGACCACUGGCGCCGGCUUUGUCAUCAACUCCCCGGCCAACAUCCAAGCCUCCCUCGCCGCCAUCGAGCACGCCGUGGACAGAUACCGCACCGUCUACGUGCAGAAUGCCCGCGCCGCCUCCGACUGGGCCCCCUUCAACCCCGUGGGGGUCCCGUAUGGUGCCCUGGCUCAGGGUCCCUGGGGCCCCGCGCCCAGCCUAGCUGAGCUGGGGGUCAGCGGUCCCUAUAACGUGGGCCCCUACUCUGGAGAACCCCACGCUGGGGGGCCCUAUGCCGGGGGGCCCGUGGCCUACGCCGGGGGACGCAUGUGGAGCCGCAAGUGUGACUGCCGCUGGGUUCCACUGGAGGGAGGAGCCUCCUCCUGGUGGGGGAAGCAGCCUGAGGGGUGUCAGUGCCACUGAGCCUCCGUGGUUGAGUGCUUAAAGCUGAAAGAGCUGCCCACACGGACUACAGCAACUGACACACCUGCUGCUGCUGCACACCCAGAGAACCCUGACACACCCACACGCCCAGUGAACACCUAUUGCUCCACAUCCACCGCCAUCCCACACCACCACUAAAACCACCACCCACCACCACCAGUGA